GAGGAGAGGAGCCUGGCUCGCUCGAAGACUGCGCGGCCGUCCAGCUCGCAUUUCUCGUGCGGUUGUCGGCUCGGAAAGUAUCCUCAGGAUAUCGUCGAAAUUGUUGUUUGGUAAAGAAAAGCAUAAAUGCUAAAUUCCGAUUCGGUCGCAAAAAUGACUAAACUUUUGGCUUUCAUCAUUCUCGUUUUGGCUGCUGUAACUGUCAAUGCUCAAAAUCAAGCCACAAAUCGUAAUCAAUUCGUCGGUCAGGCUUUCGAUGAAAUCGUCGUAUCGUCUGACCUAAGUGUCCGGCGGAAAUCAAAAGAGAAUCGCCAGGGCAAACAAUUAUUGACGAACGUGCCGUCAGGAACCACCAGUCCGCCCGGAAAAUCAACAGCUCUUGCAUCGAAGCUAGUAUUAAGUGACGGAAGCAGCGUCACACCGGAAAGGAGAAAAAGACGGGGCGUUGACCCCUCGGGUAAUGUUCCGAGAGAAUUGAAAUUAGGAAUGAUGGAAUACUUGCUGAGAUCUCAACAGCUUUGAUACAAAAUUAGCACCUAACGAGGACAACCGCACGACUCCUCACCCUCAUCUGUGAUCACACAUUUCGACAGACCUUUGGACUUCGGCUGGUAACAAAAAGUGGAAUAAAAUUUUUCUGUGUC